CAGCAAGUUCGGCCGGCCAACGGCAGGGGGCAAAACGGUCCCUGUAUAUUGAUUAAAGAAGAGCGUUCCGCUGGUUUAGUAUAGCUUGCUCCUACAUGUGCUAAGAUGUUUGUAGGAGUUAUUACUGUGGCUAUUAUUGCCACUACAUUAGCAGAUGAUUCAUUGAGACAAGCUCUUGAUGCAGUGCAAAGGCGACAAAGGGACAUAUCUCAGCCGCACUCAGUUUUCUAUUCUCAGCCGUAUAUUUACGAUGGACAGCCUGAGGACAUUGGGUACGGCUAUCAGAAAUCGUUAUCUCCAAACUCAGUCAGAAUGUUUGAGCCCGUAGCCCUGCCUUAUCCAGAAUUAGGGGUUCAUGAAGAACAAGACGACAACAAAGCAUUAGAAAAAUUGCUAAUGCAUUAUCUUGAAGAGGGAGGAUUACGAGAAAGGUUUCCUUCUCAAUUCAAGAGGUCAUCAGUGUUCCGUGAGCGAGAUCCAGAAGGUAUUCAAAGACUGUUUGAAGAGGACGAUGCCCCGGUGAUGCCCUCACCUUUCAGGGAACGCGAUAAAACAAGGAUACAGAAUGCACACUCACUAGUCAGAAACUAUGGCGGUUUAAAUGUUGAUGACAGAUACAGCAAUGACGACAAUAAUGAUUAUCUUUCAGUCCUAAAUCAAGUCUGGGAGAAGUACAAAGGUGAAGAAGACCCUGAGGAAAUAUCCGAAGCCGACGUUUCAGAAAUCCUUGAGUACUUGGCCAAUAAAGAAGAUAGGAAAAGACAGUAUGGAGGAAGUUACGACAAUGGAUAUGACUUUUUCAACUCCCCUUUCGGUUGGAACAAAAGGUCUAAAUUUUCUAACCACCAUAAACGCUAUCCUGACACAUUGUUCGAUGAGAGGUAUCCUUACAAAGGCCAGAAACGGUUCACCAAACGUUCUCCUUCGACUUAUUCAGAACCCCUUGAAAGGAAAAAGAAAAGUGACAAAAAGACCGACCCUAAGGUGUCUGCUGAGCUUAAUAAUAUCUUUGAUGAUUCCAAUAAUAAGAGUGAAACAAACACGACUCAACAGCCUCAUACGACUCCAGGGCAAAAAGAACAAACGAUUGAAGCUAGUGUGGCGAAACCUGUAGAAAUCAAGAAAAAGUCUAUCAACUGGUCUGACUAUUUUGGCUAUGACAGAAAAAAAAAGUCAAUGGACUGGAUGGUCGAUCAGUACUCAAAGCCAUACAUGAACCCUUACAGUAAGAAGAAACGGCCCGAUGAUAUGGACAGCAAAAUGCGAGCCAUGGAAGAUUUGAUUGUAGAUGAAGCCAUCAAAUACACCGGCGCUCAUGAAGGAAUGAGGGACAGUAAGGAAAUUCAAGAAGUCAAAGACAAAGUGAUGGCCCAGUUGGCGGCAGCAUACAGCUUAGAAAAAAUGCGUAGAGCUCUCAAUGAAUUCAAGACUAGCAUUGCGAUGCAAAAGACAAAUGCACCACCAUCCCACGCUGUUCCAAUGCCAAAAUUAUCACCUAAUCACCAUUCUCAGCCUACAGGCAAGUAUGAAAAGAAAGAAAAGGCUGAAUCUACACAGGGAAAACUAGAAAAAAAAGAAUCUCAUGAUAUCUCCAAUGAACUAAAGCCUAGAAUUCAUCCAUCCAUCUCAUCGAUUUCGACCAAGGUUGUUGAGGAAGUAGAUAACUGUCCAGUCCUCCAGGAGCUGGAAAUGAGAUGCCGUCAGAUCUGUUUUAUGGCCGGAGACAGGCAAGAAGUGUUCCUUCCAUUGUGCAACAUUCAUCAAAUGUGUUAUCUAUGUGGGCCAGAACUAAGAGCGUCUUCUCCCAGAGAAUGUGACGAAGCGUUUGCUAACGAGGCAGAGGAAAUGUGUGAUGACGACAGUGCCUGCCUAGAACAAUCGAAGAGAGUACUCUACAUAGCAAAACGGGCCCGUGGUGGGACCGUCUGCUCAUGGAGGUCAAAUCCCUGCUUGGCACAAUUUCUAGCAGUAGCUACUCUGCAGCGAUAAAAUAAUGAUUAACCAGAGGCAGUUAGCGUUGUAGAAGCAUUUCCUUUAUUUUACCUCUUACCCAAGGCCCUGCCUUCUAAAUGUACAAGCUCACAUAUACAUUUUGAUGUUUGUUGUUCGGUGUAUUCACCUUUUCAUCUUUAUCUACGAGUAUCUUCUUCAAGUCAAAUGGUAAAACAAUUAAAUUAUACGUGUAAUAAAAUGAAAUAAAAAGGAGACAAGAAAAAAAUUACAAGUGGCAUGAGCACACCUAGAAUACAUAAGAUAAGUAGA